UUCACAAAGAAAAGAAUCUCCAUAUCCACUUCUUGAGGCACAGUUGCCCCCAAUGCAUCAUCAUUCAGCAUCUUCUCUAGCCCACAAAAGCCAUGUCUAAAGAACUCAUCUCUAUGCUUUCCUCCAGAUUGAUCGCGGUAAUUUCGUUUUUUCUGGCACUAACACUCGUGAGAGGAUUUGAAGGAACAAUCGGGGUCAACUAUGGCACCGUCGCAAACAACCUGCCCCCACCAGCUCAAGUGGCACAUUUCCUUUUAGAGUCCACUGUUAUCAACCGCGUAAGGCUUUUUGAUGCAAAUCCUGAAAUUCUAAGAGCUUUUGCCCACACGGGGGUUGCUGUCACAAUAAGUGUUCCAAAUGACCAAAUUCCUGACCUUACAAAGCUAAAUUUCGCUCAACAAUGGGUAGAAGACUAUAUCCAACCUCACACACCAGCCACCAAUAUAGUCCGUAUUUUAGUAGGCAACGAGGUGAUAUCUACAGCAAACAAAUUGUUAAUAGUAAGUCUUGUUCCAGCCAUGGAAACCCUCCAAACAGUCCUUGUUGCAGCUUCAUUAGACCGUCGAAUCCAAGUCUCGACGCCUCACUCUCUAGGCAUUUUAUCGAAUUCAAGCCCACCAUCCACAGGAAAAUUUCGACAAGGGUAUGACACACAUGUCAUCAAGCCAUUGCUUAGUUUCCUAAGAGAUUCCAAUUCACCGUUUAUGGUAAACCCCUAUCCAUUUUUUGAGUGUUCACCAGAUACCCUUGAUUAUGCCCUGUUCCGGUCAAAUGCUGGAGUGUUCGAUGAAAACACACGGGUUUUUUACACAAAUAUGUUGGAUGCUCAGUUGGAUGCGGUCUUUUCAGCUAUGAAACUCCUUGGAUUUGAUGAUCUUGAGAUUGUCAUAGCUGAAACAGGUUGGCCAUCCAUGGGGGAUGCAACCCAAUUUGGUGUUGAUGCAAAGAGUGCAGCUGAAUAUAAUGGCAAUCUCAUGCGGCAUGUAACAUCCGGUGUCGGAACGCCCCUAAUGCCAAACCGAACUUUUGAGACCUACAUUUUUGCGCUUUUCAAUGAAGAUCUUAAGCCAGGGCCAACAUGUGAGAGGUACUUCGGGCUCUUCCGACCAGAUAUGACUCCAGUCUAUGAUAUUGGGAUCCUAAGGCCAACAGUAGCUGCUGCCGCCAAUAUAGAGCAUGCUACAUGUUUGUUAGUCAUUACAGUCGGCCUUCUAAUAAUUAAAAAUCAUGGUGAAAAUUUAAUCCUAUGAAUUGCUACAUGAUAACUAUUUAUAAUACAGAUUAAUGGAUUUUUUUUAUUCUUGUGGUUUGAUUUGGCAGGCUAGAGAUCAUACAUUGCUAAUACGUAACAACCCAAUCCCAGUACCUAUGCCCAGACCGAUUGCGUCAGUUGCCAAAGUAUAAGGGAAAACAAUGGUGGUGUGUUCCCAAUACUAGUGCCUACGAAAGUGGUUUGCAAAGGAAUAUGAAGUGUGUGCGGCUUGGGUUUGGACUGCAUGCAAUCCCAUGCAUUAACAUGAAUGCAUUCUAUAAACCAGCCAAGUGAUUAAGCUCGUGAUUUUGAGCGAACUGGAGUCAUCACAAUCAUUUU